AGGCUAAUUGCUUUCCAAAUUAUUUUCUUUGAUGAAUUCUAAGUUCAGAUUUAUCAUAAUAUCGAUUCAUCAGUAUAUGUUAAUCCCGGAUUCCUGAUUUUUGUUGUCUAGUAUAUAUUGGGAACCUCCAUGUUAACAUGUAUGAAAGAUGAUCAAAAGUGAUAUCUAGAUACUGUGUGGAUUCCUAACAUUUUGGGCUCUGUCUUCUGUUGGAAUUAAUGUUAUUUUGCAUACUCAGCACGGUUACUGUUCUCUUCUGUUCAGUGACAGAAAUCGACAAGCUUUGGAUAUUUUGAAGACAGAUUACUCUGAUUUUGUCAAUGAUACUGAUUUUUUUUUUGUAGAGUUGCAUUGUCUUUUAUGCUUUGUUUUAAGAAUUGAAGAUGGUGUUACUUGGAGAAUUAAGGAAAGUUUGAUUGGGUCAAGUGGAAGAGCACAUCUAUGGUUUUGUGUGAUUGACGGUGUCUUGUAAGAUUGAACUGAGAAUUCUAUAUAGAAUUAUAAUCAAAUCAGCUACUGUAUCUUUAAUGACACUGACACCAUCCACAAAAAUGAAAAGUAUUUGAGUAUUUAUGAAAUGAAAAAUUAUGAUGGAUCAGGAUAAAUCUAUAAGAGGUAGAAUAAGAGAUGAGCACGUAUGUGAGUAGUUAAGAUAGCAUUCAUUGAAGAAAUUUUGCCAAGACUAGAUUGAAAUGGUUAGGAUAAAUUCAAAGAUGGUCGCUGGAUGCAGCAGCUAGGAAGAUAGUUAGAACGAGUUUUGAUGGUACACCAAGAUGAAGAGGUCUACCUAAACUCCUAAGAAAUAGGAUAGUUUAAAGGAUUCAAAUGGAACUUGAUUAAGCAGAAUAUUAGAUGACGACCCGCAUAUGAACCCCAGGUUCUGCUUCAUUGAAGUUAAUGCCUUGGGGAUUUCAGGUAAACUUUCUUGCUCCUUACUGUUAAAAGGAAGAGCAACGAGCUUUGCAACCGAGAAUUAUCCCUGAUAAAGGAGCAAUGAUAUGAAGAAAGAAGAGAAUAAAGAACAUCAAUUUUCCAGAGAUGUCAUGCUGGGUGGCGAGUUAUGGACAGAUGGGCUAAUUUGUGCUUUUGAAUUUAUCCGAGGCCAUAUGAAUACCUAUAGUUCAAGGUCUAAGUUAGAUAUACAGUCUUCACAACCAAAGAUUGUUACGACAAGAAAGAAGACCAUAUCUAAAUGCAAAACAACUGAUAGUUUACCCCAAUACUUCAGCGAAAGCAAUUUCGAAGAACCGUCUCUCAUAGAGUCAGGAGCCACGGACAGUGACAAUUUGAAUGGCCAUUUUUAUAAUCAGAACUACCAUUUAGGCUGCUUUCAUCCUCCGGAAAGAUCUCCUGGCAAUUGCUGGAUGCCUAUAGGCUGGGCCAGAAUUUCUGACCUACUUCAGAAGGUUCAGGUCAAUGCUGUUUGGGACUUGCAACAUUUUGAAUUCACAGAUGAGGAAGAUGACAUGACUGUUGCAGAUAUUGCAGCUCCAUAUUGGGAACGCCCCACAGGACCAACUUGGUGGUGUCAUGUGGAUGCAAGUCAUCCAUUUAUCAAUACAUGGCUGAGCAAUGCUCAGUGGUUACACCCUGCAAUAAGCAUAGCCUUAAGAGAUGAAAGUAAGCUGAUCAGUGAGCGUAUGAAGCACCUCUUAUAUGAGGUUCCUGUGAGGGUUGCUGGAGGACUAUUGUUUGAGCUAUUAGGUCAGUCAGUGGGUGACCCUGAUGUUGAAGAUGAUAUCCCUGUCGUUAUACGAUCUUGGCAAGCACAAAACUUUUUGUUGACAGCAUUGCAUACUAAAGGGUCGUCAUCAAACAUUAAUGUAUUAGGUGUCUCAGAAGUCCAGGAACUGCUUGCUGCUGGAGGUAGUAAUCUUCCACGGACAAGUCAUGAGGUUAUAGCCCUUCUAGCUUGUCGCCUUGCGCGCUGGGAUGACAGGUUGUUUCGUAAAUACAUAUUUGGGGCGGCAGAUGAAAUCGAGUUGAAGUUUAUGGACAGGAGAACUCAUGAGGACAUGCAUUUGUUUGGUAUUAUUUUGAACCAUGAAAUUAGAAGUCUAUCAACCCAGGUUAUAAGAGUGAAAUGGUCUUUACAUGCAAGAGAGGAGAUCGUUUUUGAACUUCUGCAACAUCUAAGAGGGAAUGCAGCAAGGAGUUUGCUUGAAGGAAUAAGAAAGAGUACAAGGGCCAUGAUUCAAGAGCAAGAAGCAGUUCGCGGUCGCUUGUUUACAAUACAAGAUGUUAUGCAGAGUACUGUUCGUGCAUGUUUACAGGAUCAGAGCCUCCAUGUGCAACACAACCUGGGAGUUUUUGGAGGUUGUGGCCUUGUUCUUUCCAUCAUUGCUGGACUCUUUGGAACAAAUUUGGAUGGAAUACCUGGAGCCGAAGGGUCCCCGUAUGCAUUUGCUCUAUUUUCCAGUUCCCUCUUCCUUUUAGGAAUUGUGCUAAUAGCUACUGGGCUGAUCUAUCUGGGAUUGAAAAAGCCACAAACUGAAGAGAAGGUUGAGGUGAGGAAAUUGGAGCUUCAAGACCUUGUAAGGAUGUUUCAGCAUGAAGCAGAGACUCAUGCCCAAGUCAGAAAAACUACAAAGAGUGCUAACCUGUCAGCCAAAUGUCAUCAAUAGGUGCUGAGAAGUUUGUCCAAAGAGGGAGGAAGAAUUUGUUUCAGCUUGGCUAAUCCGAUAGCAGAAUCCUAGGCUGCCACGUUCGGGCAUGAUAAUAAGGAUGGUUCAACGAGAAAAAACCUGCCUUCUAACGAUGUAUUUCUUUUUGACAGGAAACUUUUUAUGGAUAUGAUUUUGCAUUUUACGAGGGUUUUGAUUGUACAACUACGUGACAAAGCUUUUGAUAAAAGUUAUUGAAAUAUUUGGUUGAAAAGAUAAUAGAAGUUGUGGAUCCCAUGAAA